AUGUAUGGAGGACUGCCGAGGUCGUACAAAUCCUCAAAAAGGACUCCAAACCCCACAGACAUGAACAACUACCGGACUAUGCGCCUCAUCCCGUCAAUCAUGAAGCUACUUUGCGCCAUGCUCACGAACCGGAUCCAGAGGCGCCUCCAGGAGCGCAAGUUCUUCGCCCCAGAACAGGCUGGAUUCCGGAGCUGCGAGGAGUGCAUGAGCCAUGCCCUGACCUUCAUGGAAGUGGCGCAACGUCGCUUCAUUAGCGACCAACAACCAGCUUACGUAUGCUUCAUCGACUUCCAAGAGGCCUUUGACACGGUCCCGCAUGAGGCUCUAUUUCUCAAGAUGGAACGAGCCGGAGUCUCCAGAAAGUGCUUAGCGUUCUUCCGUGCGCUCUAUGCAGACUCGUGGAUGCGCAUCCGACUGGGCGAUGGCUCAAGAAUCCCUUCGAUAAGGAUCUGCCAUGGACUGCGACAGAGCGACCGCGCAUCCCUGCUCCUUUUCAACAUCUUCAUCAACGAUCUGCUGAACAAUUGCAGACAAUACGGGCUUGAGGUGCCGUGGAUAGGCUGUGGAGAUGCCCGAUGA